AUGUUUAGAAUGCCUACUAACGAAGAACUCAAUAAAACGCUGGAAAGAUAUAUUAAUGAACUGCAAGAAUGUACAACCGAUGAUUUGGUAAAAUUAUCUGAAAUAGAAGAAACAUUAAGAAAUGAAAAUGCAUUAGAUUACAAAUUGCUUCAUACUAAAAAUUUAAUAGAUUUUUGUGAGAAAAAUUUUGACUGUUGUCUUGGAUAUGAUCUUUUAAAUGAAAAGGCAAAAGAAGAAGAUCUUACAGAUUUUAUAACAAUAUCUUUUUGCAAAAAUUCAUUACUUUCUUGUCAUAGUUCAACAAGACUUAUUGCUUUAGAAUUUUUAAAAAAAUUUAACCAUGCAAAUGGUGAAUAUUUAGAUUAUCUUAUUAGUGGUGAGAAACAAAUUGCGGAUCUUAAUUAUUUUCAAGAAAAAGCUAAGAUAUUUCGUAAAUUACAAUAUGGAAAUCAUAAAAAGUUUAUUACAAAUUCAGAGGAUGAAGAGAUUAUUUUACAUGUUUUGCUAGCACAAUACUCUGUUAAUUUUUCAAUUUUUUGGCCUAAAAUUGAUGAAAUUGUUACAACCUAUGCACGUGGGAUGGAGGGAAACAAAUUUUAUAACAUUUGGAAAUCAUUUUAUGAUUUUACUACAAAAAACAAAGAUAUAGAUCCUUAUGCUGUUUCUAACAUUAUUUCAAGUAAGAAAAACAAGAAUCAAAAUCGUGGAGAUAGAUAUUUAAUAAGACUUUCAUUAGUUAAAACACUCUCAUUUUCAGUAUCCGUUAUGGAGAACAAUUUUGUAGAUAUUGUUAAUCUACUUAGUGAUUUAUACUUUAAGGAGUUUAAAUGUAAAGAUCCAAAUUUGUUUCUUACUGUUAAUUUAAUAAAUCCAAUUAUCAAAGAAAAAGAAAUUCCAUUAGAUGAAGCAUUAGCACAUGGUCGUGCUAUUAAAACAAAAGAUACGGUUAUUGAAUUUUGUAAUCAUUUGGCUAGGAUACCAAAGUUAUUUGCUCAUGACAAAAAAAAUAUAGUCAAAGAUAUUGUUGAUCAUAUGUUAUUAGAUGGUGAUUCAAGACUUCUUAAUCCAGCUAUUAGUGUAAUUAAAAAUUUUCGAUAUAAGUAUGUUCAUUCAUAUAUUGAAACAUUUGAAGGAUUAGGAGAUCAACAUAAGUUUAAGAAUACAUUAUUAAAAUUUCAACUUGCUUUUGAUGAAUUGUCAACAGAUAAAUUUGUUCAUGACAAUCAUAGGAGUGAAUUGAUGAAACUUAUUGUGAAAAUACUUUAUGGAAAAAUAAUUCAUUCUAAGGCUGAUUUAAGAAAAUCAAUUUUUCAAUUUCUUGCGGUUUUAAAUAAAGAUGAAGUAAAUAUGUUUCUUGAACUUAUUUACAAGAAGAUUAUUAAUUAUUUUGGUAAAUACUUUGAAAAUAAUAAUUUUAAUGUAGAAAAAUUUGAAAAUGAUUGUCUUAAUUUUGACAUGCAUUCUUUCAUUAAUCCUUAUAUUAUUAAGAAUAUGCUUGAUUAUACGGGUCUUAUUAUUCAAAAUAUGCGUAUGAAAUUAUCUCCAGAAAAUAUUAUACAUAUAUCUGAUGUUUGCUUGCUAAUGUUAGCCUGUGUUACAAAAUAUUUUGAAUUUUUCAAGAAAAUAGAAAAAGAAGAUAGUAAUAUUUCUGAUGAAAUACAUAUAGAUUUCAAAUACAAUGGAAUGUUAAAAGACAUUCGAAAACAAGUGACUCAAAUUUGGGUUCAAAUAUUUUCAAAUUUUGGACAUCAACCUUUUUUAACAGAAUCAAAGUUUAAAUUUUUUUGGAAUGAGCUUGUAACAAAGCAUACUGCAAUGAAAAUUAAACCAUAUCUUAAAGUUUUUCAAUCCUUUGUUUGCCUUCAUAGAUAUGCUACCAUUAUUCAAUUUGAAGAUUGCAUUGAAGAGUAG